AUGAAGGAUGAAGAAGCCGUGGCAAUCACAAAAGCAGUGCGAGGAUUGAGCAUCAAAUCUGUUCGGUUCUACAACAAUCGUAUCACUAAAAUGGGUGCAGAAGAGAUGUCCAAGAUUAUGAUUCAAGAUGAGUCCUUGCUGGAAGAUUUUGACCUUUCCAAGAAUCUCAUCGGACCGGAUUUCCCCAUCGCCCUGGUUCACAUCCCGAGGAUUAAGAAACUCAACGUGGCCUAUAACAAGCUUGAAAGGAUCUCAGUGAAAUUGUUGGAUAUCCAGGCGAUUCGAGAUAGAAGCUUGGACAUAAAGCUGGAGGCGAAUUGGAAGCUGCAAGAACCUCCAUUCCAAGUAGCAUGCAUGGGCUACGACCAAGUGCUGAGAUGGCUUGAAGACAGUCGAGAGAAGCGGAGGGCACUUGAAACUAUCUCGACUGUAUUGGGCGAGAAAGCGAGGUCUUAG